UCUUGUGAAUCCAGGAGGAACUGCCACAAAGGGAAGCUGAUGGAUCUCGCCUCCGCGGUCAUCCUUCCGCUGCUGGCGGGCAGCUUGGGGGUUUACGGCUUCUUCUGGUUGCUGCAACGGAUGUGGGCAAGAGCCUACCUCAAAGACGCGGUGGUAGUGAUCACUGGGGCCACUUCGGGCCUAGGGAAAGAAUGUGCCAAAGCUUUCCACGCCGCCGGGUCCAAGCUGGUGCUGUGCGGCCGGAACGGCGAGAGGCUGCAGGACCUGCUGAGGGAGCUCUCCACCAUGGCCGGUCAUCCCAAGAACCCCCAUAAACAUCACACUGUGACCUUUGACCUCUCGGACACCAAAGCAGUGGUCAGCGCCGCCGAGGAGAUCUUGAAGAGCAUGAGCCACGUGGACAUCCUGGUCAACAACGCCGGGAUCAGUUAUCGAGGAACCAUAGCAGACACAGCGGUAGAGGUGGAUAGGAAAGUAAUGGAAACCAAUUACUUCGGUCCCAUCGCUUUGACAAAAGCCCUCCUGCCCUCUAUGAUCAAGAGGAGGCAAGGUCACAUUGUGGCGAUCAGCAGCAUCCAGGGCAAAAUCGCCAUCCCUUUCCGCUCUGCCUAUGCCGCCUCCAAACACGCCAUGCAGGCCUUUUUCGACUGCCUGCGAGCGGAAGUGGAGCAGGACGGUCUCGACGUGACGGUCGUGAGCCCCGGCUACAUUCAGACAAACUUGUCGCUGAACGCCAUAACAGGCGACGGAUCCCAGUAUGGAGUGAUGGACAAGGCUACCAGCCAAGGCCAAGGAGCCGCGGAGGUGGCACAGGAGGUCCUCAGCGCCGUGGGGAAGAGGAGAAAGGAAGUGCUGGUGGCCGGCCUCACACCUUCACUGGCGGUGUACCUGCGGACGCUCUUCCCCAAGCUCUUCUUCGCCUUCAUGGCAGCCAGAGCCCGGAAAGAGAGGAAAGCCAAGGAGUCGUAA